CCGCUCUCUUGCCCCAGACGACUUGGACCCUGCUGUGGUGUCUGUUCCGUUCACAUUUUUCAACAAAUCUCACCUAAAAGCCCGCAAACAUGAGCAGGAAGUUCUUCGUCGGUGGAAACUGGAAGAUGAACGGCGACAAAAAAAGCCUAGGGGACCUCAUCCAGACCAUGAACGGAGCCAAUGUGGACCCCAAUGUCGAGGUAGUGUGUGGCGCUCCGUCCAUCUACCUGGACUUCGUCAGGUCCAAACUGGAUGCCAAGUUCGGCGUGGCAGCCCAGAACUGCUACAAAGUUCCUAAGGGUGCCUUCACUGGGGAGAUCAGCCCUGCGAUGAUCAAAGACUGUGGCGUGAACUGGGUCAUCCUGGGACACUCUGAGAGGCGCCACGUCUUUGGAGAGAGUGAUGAGCUUAUUGGUCAGAAGACCGCUCACGCUCUGGAGAAUGGUCUUGGCGUGAUCGCCUGCAUCGGCGAGAAGCUGGACGAGAGGGAGGGGGGCAUCACGGAGAAGGUGGUGUUUUCCCAGACAAAGGUCAUCGCAGACAAUGUAAAGGACUGGAGCAAGGUUGUGCUCGCCUAUGAGCCUGUGUGGGCCAUUGGCACYGGCAAGACUGCCUCUCCACAGCAGGCUCAGGAAGUUCAUGAGAAACUGAGGGCGUGGCUGAAGACCAAUGUGUCCGAGGCUGUGGCCAACUCUGUGAGGAUCAUCUACGGAGGCUCCGUAACUGGUGCUACCUGUAAAGAACUUGCCUCCCAGAAGGAUGUAGAUGGUUUCCUUGUGGGCGGAGCUUCCCUCAAGCCAGAAUUCAUUGACAUCAUCAACGCCAAGGCAUAAAAACUCGACGAGAUCAGCUCCCUUCAGAGGAUCCGGUUACUCUCAACACUUCCUUCCCCCUUCUUUUUGCUCAAAGUAUUUGUGUAAUGUUGUCAUACCCCCCUCUUUUUUUAUCCCCUUCUUUUAUUUACAUAUUUUUGGGGCACAUUUUGUCAUAAGGAAAGGGACAGGCUGACACAUGCACUGAUAAGUCUACUGAGAACAGCCUGAGUGCUAACUAACUUCCACACCAAGUGCUCGACCUGUAAAGGCUGUCACCUAGAGGUGGACAGACGGUCCACGCCUUUACUUGAACAGUUUACAAACUGCUUUUUUUGUGUGAACAGUGUCACAGCUCCUGUUGAUCAUGUUUGUGUGUCUUUUUACUGGUGUCUUUUUGUGUAAUGUUUAUCUGUGGCUUUGACCUCCCCUAUAGAUGUGCAUGAUCCAGUUUCUCAUUGGUUGUUUUAUUGAGAGGAAAGUACUCCCAACACGUGAACCAUAUUGUGGCCGAUAAGUAGGAGAGAAAAGUUAUAAGAAAAUAUUAUAAUAAACGGUUUAGAGUCUA